AUGUCUUCAUUGCUGAUUCAGUUAUUCCUUACGAUAUCCUAUCAAACAGUGAUCGUAAUGUCAAUCUAUAAUAGUGUGUGUACUACGACAUGUAAUUUUCCUGGAAUGAUCUGUGCAUACGGUCGGUGUAAAUGUGAUUGGCGUAGUCAUCUUUUCUGGACAGGUGUUCGCUGUUUGCCAUGUCCAAAUAAAUGGGCCCUAGCUGACACAGCCUGUAUAGGCUAUUAUGGAGUGGCGAGGACUCGAGCAAAUGCUCAAGCAACAUGUGAAAGUAUGCAAGCGAGUUUGAUUAGUCUGCGCGAUCACAGUAAUCUUCCAUUCAUCUAUCGUGAAACCAGCCCGAAAUUCCGACGAAGAAAGAGACAAUCAGAUUUGAUCGAUGCAACUAUAGGUUGGACAAGUGCACAAGCCAAAACACCUUCUAAUCCCGGCUUAUAUGUUUGGGCUGAUUCAACGGUGGCACAAUUCGAUAGUACUAGUAGUUGGUGGUGUAAGAAAACUACACCUUUCUUAGGCUAUCAACAUCUGUUUGAUGAGCCGACUCGACGAUUAUUUGGCAGUGAACGAGAAACAUGUGUUUUAUAUCGUCGCGGAAGAACGGCAAAUCUGAUAAUAUGCCUUGAUGAUGUUCUUUGUGACCAAUUACAUCCAUUUAUCUGUGAACGAUCUGAAACAACCGCAAAAAAAUAUCCAGGAUCUAUGCUCCCUGGUUCCAUAAAUUUUCUGAACACAUUGAGUACCAGUUCGAAGAGAAGCACAUUCAUUUCUCCGUUGAAACCCGGUAGUAAUAAUAAUCCAAAUAUUGUGAUUGUCAAUCACUUAGGAGCUUUAGCUCAACCUCAUGCAUCAAAAUCUAACAAUAAUACUAAAACUGUUAUUAUUAUCGUAGUAAUCGUUUUGUUACUACUAGCUGCUAUUAUAGGUGGCGUAUUCUGUCUUAUUACGCACAAUCGAAAAUCCCGAAUAUUUACACAGUCCAAUCAUCAUAGGAACCAUGGAUCCGAUCCAACUGAUAUACGACCGUCAAUUAGGAGUGGUGUUAGUACAUUGAGUGGUGUAAGUGAAGGAACUGAUAUUCAUUCUCAACGUUCCAGUACAGGUCAACAUCAGAUCGAUUCGGCAAGUGAAAUCAAUUCUAGCAAUGUUAGUAUCAAUUUGCUCAAACAACAAGAGCAGAAGCGCAAGGCAGGUGGUUUUUCUAAACAAACAUUUGAUGAUUUUCCUGUCGGUUCAUCGUUCAUUGAUAAAGUUUUCAGUCGUGGUUCCAUUCGUGUUAUGGUUUUGUAUUUGAAACUUUCUUGUCCACUCUCUUGCAAUGCUUGUCUUUUCCCUGUGAUGUGCAUUGCAACUGCGAUGCCAACUACAACACCAAUGAUAAAACAUGGUAUCGCAAUGGCGAUUACUAAAAAUGCACGCGGUGGCCGUUUUGAUUUAUCAUAA